AUGCGGCAUUCGUUUCAUUCCUCGUCGGCCUUUCCGUUUCACGAAAAAACUGCCUACGUUGAGUUGGAAAACAACGGCGCGCGCGCGGGGCCGACGGAGAGCAUGAGUGCGCACGCCAAGCGCGAAUCUGUGCACAAAGAAGUGUCAUGGGAGCACGUGCUGGCGGAAGUUUUGCGCGCAAACGAAGAGCCCGACAACACCGACCUCACCGUGCUCACUGCGGUGCGCCGCGCCAAGGAGCGCGUGUAUGUGCAAUCUCAGUUCCAGCGGUGCCAAGAACAAGUGCGCAUGGAUCCGAAUUUACUCUUUUUUAGCGAGCCGUACGAGAAGCAGUACAUGGCGUUCAUGAAUGUGGUGAAUCGGUUCCGCGUGCGGCUCUGCUUCUCGAUCGGCGCGUCGGCAUGCGGUCUCCUCUACUGGCACGAAGCGUUCGUUCUAAAAGCAUUCGCGGCGUCGUCCACCGGCAUCGACGAAAACGCACAAGCGGCGCUGUACGUGGUGUGUUUUGGCGUGAUUGUGCCGACGUUUGCACUGGGAGUCUUGAUGUCCUUCAUCCCGUGGGGGCGCGACCGCCUCGAAAGCAUUGCGUCCAUCGUGUACGUUGUGGUCGCGAUGGCCCUCAUCACGAAGAAGUGCAUCCAGCAAGCCAAGGGCCCGAUCUACCCCCUCGUCAUUCUCCUCAUUCCGCUCUUCAACGUGACCCGCAUGCGGUUUGCGUACACGUCCGUCGUUGGCGCGUUCAUCGUCGUCGUGUUCUUCAUCGUCCAGCUCGCUGCUGGCCCCGACCCCACGUCGACCGUCGUCUUCACCACACUCAACUACUCGAUGAGUGUCAUCGGCGGCAUGGUGUCGAGUUACCAAAAGGAGCUCCUCAAGCGCCGCAACUUCACCCUCGGCCUCAACUUUUCAGGCGCGGAAGACGAUGCGUCGUCGCGAAUUCACAGUCCGUACUACGCCAAAGAAGUCGUGUGCUAUCGGUGGACCCAGGCCUUCCGCCACGCCGACCUCGAGCGGCGGUUCUAUCGGUACUGGUACCUCAUUGACGGCAGCCCGUACGAGAACCCGAACGCGGGCGUGCUCCACUCUGGCGUGUACUUGGGCUGGCGCUUCGCCGCUGCUGGCAUGUGCUUGAAUCAAGUCGUGCUCGUCCUUCAAGACGUGAUCAACCUGUACAAGACGAGCACGCAUUACAUUGCGCUCGGGUUCCGCGUCGGCUGCAUUAUUCCGGCGUACAUGAUCCUGUUUGGGUGCAUGUACUACUUUUGUCGGGCGUAUGCCAAGGGAUGGAUAGCGCAUCGUAUGCUGGCGCCGCCGUCGAGGGGCGCGACGCCCCCUAGCACCACCGUCUCGAUCGCCGUGCGUUCCAGAGCGUCGAUCCAGCACCACGCGAGUCUGGCCGUCAACCGAGUCCACAACGAUCUCGUCGGCGUGCACCACGGCUACACCCACACCAUGCAAGCAAUCACGGCCGCCGUGAUUCUGUUCCACGUGUACUUGACAGGAACGUUGGUGUACGUGAUUGCUGUCAACAUUGGGGUCAAGGGGGUGUAUUUUAUGGGGUUUCUCAACGCGACGCUUGUGGCGCACCGUUCGAGCUUUCGACUGCGGUUUGUGUACUCGUCCGUGCUCACGAUGGUCGCAUGCUUGGCCUUUUUGUUUGGCACACGCAAUGUCCUGCCGCGACAGACGCACUUGGAGUACACGUGCUACCUCGGCGUCGUCCAGAUCUUGGGCAUGAUUGUGUCGUACGAGGAAGAGAAUCUCCGGCGGUCGUUCUUUCUCAAGAAGUCGCUGCGAGCGCUCGAGUUCAAAGCUUGGCUCAACUCGGUCCUCCGUGUCCAGUCGUGGGUACGAGCGCGCAUGAUUCGCAAAACCAGGGACGCCAAGUGCCGAUUGAAAGCGCCGCGAGAAGCCAUCCCAGAGGACAACGUCGAGGAACCGAGCCGUGUGGCGACAAGAGCGUCCACGAACGAGGUCCCCACGUCCCCGGUGUCGGCCAUCGACAUGCGCACCGCUUCGUCGCGGGUCAUCCCGGUCGGCAAGUUCUCGUUGCCCAACCUCGCGGCACCUCUCGCGGACAUGGACUUGAACAAAAACCUGCGCGAUCUCCAAAGCAAGCUCGCCGACGUCGACUUGAACAAAAACUUGCGCGAUCUCCAAAGCAAGCUCGCGGUCGACGUCGACCUGAACAAGAACCUGCGCGACCUCCAGGGAAAACUGAACAAGAACAACGAAGUUGUGACGAAUGCGUCGUCGCGCAUGUCGAAAGCAAGCCGAUUCGGCAUGUACUCGACGUGCGUGAGUGUCCUCAUCGCAUUCGGCCAAGUCAUGUUCUUCCUCGCCAAGCAAAAGUGAUCGUCGCGUUGGCGACGAUAUCGAGCAGCGCUUCACCAACAACGACAUCGUUUCAGCCGUCGAUCGUUUGGACGUGCAAACCACGUUGUGGUGCUACUUACCCUGCCGCCAAGUCGUUGCAGCCACCCGUGAUAUCGAUCGGUUGGACGGGGUGGUGCUCGUAAUGUCGUAGCUCGAAUUGUUGACGUGUUGUAAUCCAAGGCACAGCGAUCGUCGUCGAUUUCCAUUCCACAUGUUAUGCUGCUGCACGGCGCGCAUGACGCGAGGCCAUGGCGAUCCCGACGCAAGGACAUGGAUGGACGCAUCGAUCGAUUCACGCGUCCGCGCUGGAGCUGUCACGCAUCGAACGCCACGUGUGCCAUGGACGCUGGAACGUCCACACUGUGCAUGGCCCACUCCAUGUCGUGGG